AUUUGUUCAAAGCAAACCUAGAUAGAUAUUUCACUGUAUAUAAGAGCUGGUGUUUCUCUUGUUCAUCACCUCCACACAGGAACACUAUAGCUGACCCUGGGACGGAAGACAAUAAUCCUGCAGAAGAUCAUUUUUACCAUUUGUAUCAUCUCGACCAUGAAGAUGCUGACUGGGUCUCUACUGGUCUGUGCCAUGAUGGCUCUGACCACAGCUGCUGCUGUUCCAGAAGCAGAGGCGCCUGAGAAGGCAGGACGACCCCUUGAGGAAUGGAAAAGGCUCAUCGUGGUCAAGAGGUCUACAUCUUGUCCAAGCGGUUGGACUGGCUACAACGGUCGCUGUUUCCUUUACGUUCCAACACCCAUGACUUGGGCGGAUGCUGAGAAAAACUGCCUGUACCAUGGUGGAAACCUCGCCUCAGUGCACGGCUUCGAUGAGCAUCACGUGAUUCAGAGCAUGAUACAGCGGAUCACUCACAUGUAUCCACUCACAUGGCUCGGAGGCUCCGAUGCACAACAGGAGGGUUCCUGGUUCUGGAGUGAUGGUACACCUUUUAAGUUCAACUACUGGUCUCCAAGACAGCCUGAUAAUCAAGCGAAUGCUGACUGUCUGUUGAUGAACUUUGGAGAUCAGAAGAAAUUUGACGAUCAGCCUUGUCAUUACCACAUGCCGUUCGUCUGUGCUAAAAAGCAAGAAAAUGUAGUUGGAUAACAGAGAAACAUGCAUUACCCAUCACAACCACAGGAGUUGGAGUUGGGUAGAUUUGCAAUUGUAUCUGUGUCUUUAUCAUCUGUAGCCUUGUGAAUCUACUAAUCCAUACCUUUUUUCUGACUUUUUGCAUUACUUAAAGAACGUAGCCUUUUAGGCAUUUUAUUCUGAAAACCAAACUGUUUUUCUUGUCUGAAAACAAAUUAAACGGCUCAAGUGUUGAAAAAA